UAAGAUCUUCCGAAUCUCUCACUCAAGCCCUCUCAUUCAAUUCUCAAUUCAAUUCACCCCACAAAGACAAAACAACAAGUUUCUCCAUUGACUUGUCAAUCUCUCUCUCUCUCUCUCUCUCUCUCUCUCUCUCUCUCUCUCUCAAGUCUCAACUAUUAGAGACUGCAGUAUAUAGAAUAGAGGAGCUAGCUGCAUGGAGUGAGAAGCUCAUGAUCACCACCGCUUGGGUUGCUCAAAAGUUCUGCAGUAGUAUUUAAUUUCUACCUAGUUUCUACAACUAGGGUUGCAUAUAAGCAUUACAAGGAGUUAAAAAGAGAAACAAAAGGUUUUUUCAUUUUUCUUUUCUUUUGGUGAUGAGGAUGGAAUGGAUUGUGGGAUGUUGGGUUUUGGUGGGAAUUUUUGUAGGAUCGUUGUGUUGGGUUUCUAAGGAGAUGAAGAAGAAGAACGAAAGCCAAAAUAAUAAGGGUGCUAAAGUCCCCAAAGGGAAGUUAGGGUGGCCUUUGAUAGGAGAAACCCUUGACUUCAUUGCUUGUGGCUACACCUCUCGACCUGUCAGCUUCAUGGAAAAACGCAGAUCUCUGUAUGGAAAGGUGUUCAAGACGAACAUAUUGGGAACUCCAAUCAUAGUGUCCACCGAUGCUGAAGUGAACAAGGUGGUGUUAAAAAACCAUGGAAAUACCUUCAUCCCUGCUUAUCCAAAAUCUGUUAAAGAACUGCUGGGAAAAUUUUCGAUUCUGCAAAUAAAUGGAAGCAUUCAUAAGAGAGUGCAUGGGCUCAUCGGUGGCUUCCUCAAAUCACCGCAGUUCAAAGAUCGAAUCACUAGAGACAUUGAAAACUCUGUCAAGCUCAACUUGGCUCGUUGGAGACACAUGCAAUCUCCCAUUUACGUUCAAGUUGAAACCCAAAAGAUAACAUUUGAAAUUCUAGUUAAAGUAUUAAUGAGCGUCGGUCCUGGGGAAGAUUUGAACUUUCUCAAGAGAGAAUUUGAAGAAUUCAUCAAAGGUUUAAUUUGCAUACCAAUCAAGCUACCUGGUACUAGACUCUACAAAUCUCUCAAGGCUAGGGAGCGAUUGUUGAAGAUGGUGGGAAAAAUAGUGGAGCAGAAGAAAAAGGCUAUGGAAAAUAAUAGUAUCCAAGAAACAAGUCCAGUCAAUGACGCGAUGGAUGUGCUGUUACGUGAUGGCGGUGACCAAAACAACGAGACGCAACGCCUGCCGUUGGAUUUCAUCACGGGGAAUAUCAUAGAGAUGAUGAUCCCAGGAGAAGAGACUGUGCCGGUGGCCAUGACCCUAGCCGUCAAGUUCCUCAGUGACAGCCCUGUGGCGUUAGACAAACUAAGGGAUGAGAACAUGGAAUUUAAGAGGCAGAAGGUUGGUUCCUCAGAAAAUUAUGCAUGGACUGAUUACCUGUCCUUGCCAUUUACUCAAAAUGUGAUAAGUGAGACUCUUAGAAUGGCAAAUAUUAUCAAUGCUAUUUGGAGAAAAGCUCUUAAAGAUGUUGAAAUCAAAGGGUAUUUGAUACCACAAGGAUGGUGUGUCUUGGCAUCUUUAACUUCUGUUCACAUGGAUGAAGAGAACUAUGAAAACCCAUAUCAGUUUGAUCCAUGGAGAUGGGAGAAGUUAGAAGCUGCUGUAAACUACACUUGUAGUUUCACUCCAUUUGGUGGAGGACAGAGGCUGUGCCCUGGUUUGGAACUCUCUAGGCUUGAAUUAUCAAUCUUCCUUCAUCAUCUUGUCACUAAUUACAGAUGGGUAGCUGAGAAGGAUGAAAUUGUUCACUUUCCAACGGUCAAGAUGAAGAGGAAGCUGCCCAUUUCAGUCACAUCCACAAGCACUUAGAAUUUUAGAAAGUAUAAUUUGAUCUUUCAACGAACAAAUCACAACCACAAUUGAAUUAUCUCAUCAAGAAAAUUCUGUACAGCAUAAUAUCUCGAGCUAUUAAAACAAAACAAAAAAAAAAAGCAAUCAUGAGAGGUGUAACAAGUCCCCAUUUUA